AUGGGUCAAACAAUAACUGCACCAUUAUGUUCUCUAACACUAUUCCUCAUCCUUCUUUCUCAUUGUUUCGUAUUGUCAUCAGAAAUUGCCUCCUUUCAGUCAGUUUCGUUUCCAGUUCUCAAUGCAAACAUUUUCAAACCAGUUCAAGUUAAGAAUUUCGUUUUCAUUCCACCUUACGAUUCUCCAAGCUUGGAUUUCUGUGCACCAUUCGAUGAGAAACAAAAUUCCUCAGUAAAAUUACUUGUAAGCAAAGUUUCUCGAUCCAAGUUUCCAACACAAAACAUGAUUGAACGAAACUGUUUCAGAUAUUUUUGCACUCUAUCUAACGAAACAUCAUAUGAGCAUUAUAAUGCAACUCAGAGAAUGUCAAAGAAUGAAUUAUAUAGAAGUGAAUUUGCUUUCCUUUUUAAUUAUUGUUUCUUAUGCAAUAGUUCAGAGGCAAGAACCUUCAGAGAGGCCAUUUCCACUACAGAAAGGCCUACGUGUAGAGAGUUUCCCUCCACACAUCAUCAAAUGGUUUCACUCAUGAAUGAACAUUGCAUUUCUGCUUCUGGCUUACAGAAUGAAAAUAAUUUAACUCAACCAAAUAUGGAUUAUUCAAAUAGUGGAAAGGGAAUACAUUUUGGUAUAAUGGAUGCUCGAUUUUUUGAGGCAACUAGUGUUUAUUCUCAAACUCUUGCCAAGAUUAUACCUAAAGAUUGGUCAACAGACAAUUUGGCUUAUUUUUUCAAGUCAAUGUUUCCAAUAGAGUCAACAGGAUCACAAUUUACAUCAAGUGAAAUGCCAAUGUUCUGCCAUUGUGGUAAAACCAAUGAUUUUUCAUUUAGAUGUUAUGACGUUAAUCACAUGUUUCUAACUCCGUACAGAUACCAAACGUCACCAAUCAUUUUCCUAUUCUUUUCCAUCGUGUCAAGUAUUUUCUUUGUUUUGGGAGUUGUCAUUCCAAGAUGCAAGGUAACAUUCUCAAUAUUAACUCAAAAACCAGAUUUCAAAAAGGAUGAAAAUUUCUAUUUUGGAACUUCUGAAGCAACUCAUAUCAUUCUCAGAUAUUUGAGAGCUAUUUGGUUGAUUACAUUUGGUGAUAUCAAAUUCCAUUCGAUAUUUUGGAAUUCACUCCUCUUGAUUUUAAUGUACUUGGUAGAAAUUACCUACUUUGCAAGAGCAUUCACUGAACCAAUUUUGAAUUUCACAAUUGAUGACACAGGUGGAACGAUUAGAGCAAUUGCAUUCGUGUCAUUGGCAUUGUGUUUCAGUUCAAUGAUUGUCCAUUGGAGUCAUACUUUGGAUUUAAUUAAGAAAGCCAAGUCUAAGGGAGCUCUUUCCAUUUUGAAUAGCUCAAUUACUUUAUCAUUUUACUUGUUCAUGAUUGCAUUCUUGGUGGUUGGAUUGAUUGUGGCUGUGGUCACGAAUGUAUUGUCCAUGUUUUUCUUUUUCCUUUCUAUAUUGUAUACUACCUUGUCAUUAAUAUUUUGUGUUGUUUUCACACUGGUUGGCGUGACUAUUCUUAUUAGAUUGAGAAAAGGAAAGACAAAUGUGAUUGGUGUCAAGUUGACUAAAUCUACCAUGGUAAUGAAUGCUAUUAAUUUCUUACUAGUCUUGUCAACAGGUAUUUCAAUGCCAACAUUUUUCAUUGGAUGGGACAUUUUCAGUGUGGAAUUGGGGUUAUUAAGAGGAACUGUCUUUGACAUCUUUUUGCUAUUGGCCUCUAACUGUGUCACUUACAUUUUGUACACUCCAUUAGAAGGUAAAACUGUUUAUGGAGAGACAUGUAGUGAUACAGUUCAUAGAAUUCUCAAUUGUGAAUUGUCCUAUCGUUCCUCAAGAGGAAGGUACAGAAAUGAUGGAGGUUAG